UGCUACUCAGAUAGUUUUAUAGUAUCCACAGGUGGGAGAGUCAUCAGAGGCGCCCACAGUCCCGUUACCAGGUCUCAUAAAGUCAACUUGCACCCAUAUUAAGGUAAACAGCGCCCCCGUGUGGCCAGGUGAGCACAGUGUCCACCCAGCCGUGCACAGGCCCAUUUAUUAUUCAUUAAACCUUCUCAUGUAACUCUCGAGUGGUGUGUUUGCUGUCCAACGAAAAAAUUCCACCAUCUGAUUAAAAAAAAAAAAAAAAAAAAAAAAGUCACAUAGAGCCACAAAAAAGAGUUAAUUUAAUUUUGCGUGUUUGUCAUUUCAUGGUGUCGUCAAAUUUAAUUGAGGGUGGACUGGCUGUUGUCGCCUGAGACUGAGAGAGAAAGUGUGUGUGUUUGUGUGUGUGAGAGGAGAGGUAGGAGAAGAGGCGUAUCCCAGGGAAUGAUGUGGAUCUGUUGCGGAACCUGCGCGCUGGAGCAGUGAGAAAUAUCGGCACACCGUUGACCAAAAGCAGCAAUUUUAUUUAUUUUUUUGUUGUUACUUUUUUAAAGUAUUGGUUUGGACAGAAUUAAACUUUAUACCUGUUGACGCGCUCUCUUCCCGCUUCUGUCGUCUCGUAACCGUGUUAAUGUGGGCCUGGAUAUCAAGGAUCAACUGAUCUUUCAAGCAUUUUUUUAAACCAGCCAUCUGGACCUCAGUCCGCGGCUCAAUGUUCCUCUACACAUGGAGACUUCCAGGAUGAUGUUUUACUAGAGUUACCUGACCGGGAGACGAGCUGAUCGGUGGGAUGAAGGAUCGCCUGGCUGAACUGACUGCUAGCAACACACAAGCAGAGGAGGAUGGUGCAGUCUCAGUGGACAGAGAUGGCUUCAUGGAGAGCUUUUUCAAAAGGGUGGAAGAAGUUCGAGGGCACAUUGAUAAGAUCUCCUACCAAGUGGAAGAGGUGAGGAAGAUUCACAGCAUGAUCCUGUCUGCACCCAACCCAGAUGACAGAACAAAGGACCAACUGGGUGCACUGACCAACGACAUCAAAGGGAACGCCAAUGUGGUGCGAACUAAACUAAAAUCCAUGGAGCAGAGCAUGCCCAAAGAUGAUGUAGCUAACAGAUCCUCUGUUGACUUCAGGAUCCAGAAGACUCAGCACACUGUGCUGUCCAGGAAGUUUGUGGAGGUCAUGACCCAGUACAACGAGACUCAAGUGUCCUUUCGGGAGAGAAGCAAAGGAAGGAUCCAGAGACAACUAGAGAUAACUGGAAGAGUGACCACCAACGAAGAACUAGAGGACAUGUUAGAAAGUGGAAAUCCUUCAAUCUUCACAUCUGAUAUAAUUUCUGAUUCCCAGAUCACACGUCAGGCCUUAAAUGAGAUAGAGUCCCGACACCAGGACAUCAUGCGUUUGGAGACGAGCAUCAGAGAGCUGCAUGCCAUGUUCAUGGACAUGGCGAUGCUGGUGGAAACUCAGGGCGAUAUGGUCAACAACAUUGAGAAGAACGUCUCCAAUGCAGCCGAAUACAUUUGCAGUGCAAAAGAAGAGACCAAAAAAGCAGUGAGAUACCAGAAGAAAUCCCGGAGGAAAUACAUGAUCCUUGCCUUUGCUCUGUUGAUCCUGCUUGCUGUCAUUGCACUAAUUGUUGGCCUGUCUGUUGGACUAACCAAACCCCCUGUAUGAGCCCCACUGUGGUAACUGCAUGAGAAACUUCUCUUCCUCGCCAUGUGUGGAGGUUUCCUGCUUUUACUCAUCAUAUUAGUUGGAGUCUUUGAGUAAUGGAUUUCAUGGUUCACAACCUCACAGCAACCUGCUGCUCCUGUAGUGAUGAAGACUGUCAUUCACUAUCCAACAGCAUUACAGAGACCAUCUCUAGAGAAUAAUCAAGUAAGCACUGUAAAAUGUGUGCAAUGAGCUUUGCAACAGAAACUUCACACCUCUCGGUACACAGUUCUGUACAGCUAGAAUAUAAAAACCUGACUGACAGUGCAUCAGAUUUCUACUGUGGUGGAUGUUCUUUGCCAUAUUUUCAUGUUGAAUAUCACUUACUUGUGCUAACAGCCUUAAAGGAAUAGCUGGACCUUUUGUGAAUUUAUUUGUCCUUCUAUUGAGAGUUAGAUCAAAAGACACCAGUCUCAUGUCGUGCAGUAGCUAAACUAAUCUUAUCUGCUGCUUUCUGCAGCUUCAUACACUGCCCUCCAAAAAAAAGUCACACUAUUUUGUUGUACCGCCUUUUUCUUUGUGUAUGGCACACUUUCGCUGUGGCAUUCUUUCGAUAAGCCUUUGCAAUGUCACAGCAUUUAUUUCUGUCCAAAGAUGCAUUAUUUUUCACCAAGAUCUUAUAUUGAUUAUGGGAGAGUCAGACCACUGCGCAAAGUCUUCUCCAGAACAUCCCAAAGAUUUUCAGUGGGGCUGAGGUCUGGACUCUGUGGAAGACAAUCCAUGUGUGGAAAUGAUGUCUCAUGCUCCCUGAUCCACUAAUUCACAAUGUGAGCCUCAUGAAUCCUAGCAUCGUCAUCUUGGAACAUGUCCAUGUCAUCAGGGAAGAAAAACUCUGUUGAUGGAAAGACCUGGUCAUUCAGUAUAUUCAGGUAAUCAGCUGACCUCAUUCUUUGGAAACAUAAUGUUGCUGAACCUGACCAACCCCAGAUCAUAACCCUAAACCCCCACAGGCUGGUAGGAACUAGCCAUGAUGAGUGAAACCCUUCAUCUGCCUCUCUUCUUACCCUGAUGCCCCCAUCACUUUGGAACAGGGUAAAUCUGGACUCAUCAGACCACAUGACCUUCUUCCAUUGCUCCAGAGUGCAAUCUUUAUGCUCCGUAGCAAACUGAAGUCUUUUUUUUUCCAACAGCUACACAGCUGUUUAGUUCCAAUCUUUUGAGUUCCCUUUGCAUUGCGCAUGUGGAAAUGCUCUUACUUUCACUAUUAAACAUCGCUGUGAGUUCUACUAUUGAUUUCUUAUGAUAUAAUUUCACCAAACGAUUAAGUGAUCUCCGAUCACGAUCAUCAAGAGGUGGUUCUGACCACAUUUGUUCCUUGAAGAUGAUGGUUCACCACUAUCCUUCAGGUUUUAAUGUGCUGGACGAUUCUUAACCUGAUUUUAGUAGUUUCAGAAAUCUUUUUAGUUGUUUUCGUUACUUGAUGCAGGCCAAUAAUUUGACCCUUCUGACACAGAUUAACAUCCUUUCCAUGACCACAGGAUAUGUCUUCUGACAUGGUUGUUUAAGAAAUGAGAAGCUCCUCACUGCAUCAGCUAGGGUUAAAUAAGUUGUUGCUGCUGAAACGUAUUCAUCGCUGCAGUAAUUAUCCAAUGGGAAGCUCUUACCUAUUUGCUUAGUUAAAUCCAAGUGGCGCCUUUUUUUUGGACAGAAAGUGUAUUUACCACACAGACAUAUCAGUUUUCCAAUAAAAUGCAACAAGAAAAAUAACAAGCAUUUUACCCAUAUUGUCAAACUAUUGGUUUGACAGUUCAGGGAUGUGACAGUUGUUACUCUCUGUAUACAUCGAUUGUAUAAUUUGUGUUUACAUGUUCAAGUGAAUCGUCACCUUUUGUAUAUUUACUGUAAUUCAUGUGAACUGAAUGUAAAACUGCUACACCUCAGGAGCCCUAUAGAAGUAGACAAAUGUAAAAUAUAUAGAUAUUUGCUCUAAUUUUCUAGUUAGCUGUGUCUCAGUCAGACAAAAAUAUUUUCAGCUCAGUGAAACGGAAUUCAUUAUUUCAUUUAAUGACUCUAAAUGACAAGUUUUUUAAAAAGUGCCUUCUUCUUGACUUUUUAGUAGGAAACUUUAACUUAUUUAUCACAAUCAGUGUGUGUGAUGACUGAAAUGUUAGGUGUGAAAAAAGUCAUGCAGUAAUGUAGGACUCUUGGAUGAUUAUUUCAAGAGCACACAUUUUCCUUUUGUUACUAUUAUUCUCUUCUGUAUUUUAUAUCACAGAAUAAUUAAGUUACGUAAUUAAAGAAUAAAGAGUAAAAAAAAAAGUCUGUGCUGA